UCAGAUGGCGCAACUUUUCGACAAUCUUUAGAAUUUUUAUUAUGCUGAAAGAAUUAUGCCAUAACUGAUAAUUAACGAACUAUAACGAUAUCAUUUCGUUGCUCUCACAUGAAUUUUAGUGCUAAAUACUAAAUUAUAAGCGACCCCAGAAUAUAUUGUUCUAAGCGAUAUGCGCAUAAGUUCAGCGCAUACAAAUUGUUUAUAGAAACCCCAUAAUGGCUACUGUGGUAGUUGAACUUCCGAAAAGCAACGAGAAAACGGAAUUCAGUGGAUCAUCAGAAGAAGACAAAGCAUAUGCAAAGAGUUUUUGGCAAUCUAUUCAACUCCAUCCUCCGAUUGAGUCCCGUCUAGUUUCAAGUGAUAUACGCCAAAGACUGAAGAGAGCACCACCCGGCGGACAACCCAUUAACCUCGCUCACCAUCCAGAAGCCGAGCCGCCGCAAUUGACGUCCUUCCUUUUGACAUCCCAUGCUCUUGAAAGGGCAGAUGCAUAUCAUAAAUUGCAACAGAAAGCUGCAUUCAGGGAGGAUGCCAUCAUGCUGCUUCAGAAGCAAAGAGAGGAUAGAAUUAUGAAAGAAAAAGUAUCAGAUCAUAAAGGCAUCAAGAAGCCUAAGCCAGAGCCUGUACCAAUUGACAGUGAUGAGGAGAAAGAGAUGGAACUUGAUAUAGAAGCCACCAUGAGAGAGUUGGACAAAUACGAUAAAUCAGUAACAGUUGACUCUGACUAAAUAAACUGGCUGACAGAAACAUUUAAAAAGCAUUUCUGUGAUAUCUAUUUGUAUCCGAGACAAGUUGAUAUCUAUUUGUAUACGAGACAAGUGAGAGAGAAGCAAUUGUGACACAAAGAUGUCACAGGACAAACUAAAUUGUUAAAAUUUGUAUAAGAACAUGGUUCCAACUCCAUGCUUAAAUUUUGCCAAGAGACAAUGCAAAAGUUGAAAUUAAGAUAACCUUUGUCUGGGUACAUUGGCCAAACUUCAGUAAAAUUUGUACA